GGUGUCGUCUUGGGGUGGAAAUCAGACUUGUGACUUGGCCCCUCUCACUCUCGUACUGGCUGCUCUGCACCAGUAUGAAGAGUCACCCAUGCGUCCACUCGGGGCAUCUCAGCAUUGCUGUGUGUGGGGAGGCAGACCCCGGGCCAGCAGCCUGUGCUAGCCCCCUGAAGCGCCCCCGUACUGACCCCCUGCCCCCCUGUCUCGUCCCCCCAGAGGAGGCCUACCAGAAACUGGCCACUGAGACGCUGGAGGAGCUGGACUGGUGCCUGGACCAGCUGGAGACCCUACAGACCAGACACUCAGUCGGCGAGAUGGCCUCCAACAAGGUAAGGGCAAUAACCUUUGACUUAUAAUGUGUCAUAUUUAGUCUCUCUCUCUCUCUCUCUCUCUCUCUCUCUCUCUCUCUCUCUCUCUCUUCUCUCUCUCUCUCUCUCUCUCUCUCUCUCUCUCUCUCUCUCUCUCUCCCUCUCUCUCUGUCUCUGACCUCUUCCUGCCUCUUCUACAACAGUAGUCUACAACAGUAGUAUCUGUACUAAUAUUAGUAUUAAUUCAUACAUCUUUUUUUCUCAGUAUCUGUAGCUGUAUCUAGCGUUGUCAUGCAGGGAGGGAGGUGUGCAGGGAGCAUGCUCAGCUCAGCUCUCUCCAGCAAGGCCUUGACGUGCUGCAUGCUGAUCAGCUCUGGGCUCUGCUGGAGAGGCUGCCUGCCUCCCUGCUGAUGUCACACCCUGUGAUGUCACAAUAGGGGGAUGGGCCUAGCACAAGAUAGAGGAGAGGCAGGUGGACAGACAAAGGGACACACAGUCAGACACAGAUGCUGUACCUGUAACACUAGCAGAUGGUAGUACAGCCACAGUCAGACAGACAGAAUUGCGUUGACCCUAUACAGGGGUGAGAAGCACAGGCUCUACUCUGUAGCAUUGUCAGUGUCACCCUGUCUUAUGAGCUUCUCGCACACACAACUAUCCCUGGUUUCCAUAGCAACACACAGGCCUGGUUGGCUUGCCGUCUCACUCCAGCACACAGUAAUGGUGCUCCAAUACACACACACACACACACACAACCAUCAACCUACGACAUGGCUAUUUCAUUACUAUAACAUCAAAAUGAGUAUUUAAUUUCGUAAAUACAGAACAGUAGCAUUGGAUACCAGAAUACCAGUAUCAUUCAUAUAUACUUGUGCUAUUUUGUGCUAUUCGUAUUCAAUACAUAUACACUGCACAGGAGGCUGCUGAGGGGAGGAUGGCUCAUAAUAAUGGCUGGAAUGGAGUGAAUGGUAUGGUUUCAAACAAAUGGAAACCAUGUGUUUGAUGUGUUUGAUACCAUUCCAUUAAUACCGUUCCAGUCAUUACUAUGAGCCUGUCCUCCCCAAUGAAAGGUGCCACUGCCCACCUGUGAUACACUGAGUGUACAAAACAUUAGGAACAAUCUUUCCAUUACAUAGACUGACCAGGUGAAUCCAGGUGAAAGCUAUGAUCCCUUAUUGAUGUCCCCAGUUAAAUCCACUUCAAUCAGUGUAGAUGAAGGGGAGGAGACAGGUUAAAGAAGGAUUUUUAAGCCUUGCGACAGUUGAGACAUGGAUUGUGUAUGUGUGCCAUUCAGAGGGUGAAUGGGCAAGACAAAAGAUUUAAGUGCCUUUGAACGGGGUAUGGUAGUAGAUGCCAGGCGCACCGGUUUGAAAGUGUCAAGAACAGCAACGCCGCUGAGCUUUUCACGCUCAACAGUUUCCCGUGGUGUGUAUCAAGAAUGGUCCACCACCCAAAGGACAUCCAGCCAACUUGACACUGUGGGAAGCAUUGGAGUCAACAUGGGCCAGCAUCCCUGAGAAACGCUUUGACACCUUGUAGAGUCAAUGCCCUGACAAAUUGAGGCUGUUCUGAGGGCAAAAGCGGGUGCAACUCAAUAUUAGGAAGUUGUUCCUAAUCUUUUGUGCACUCGGUGUAGCUAUAGGGGGUUAGCAGGUUGCAUCGUGUGCAUUAUAAAAUACUUAGGUAGAACGUAGCGCACAGGCUGGAGGUUUGUAAGAGCUAGCUGGUGUAAUUGCAUGUACUAUAUGUAAUGGUGACAUCACUGUUAUUGUUACACAGGAGUGAUUUCAUUCCAUAGAGAUCCUCUUCAUCGGUUGCAUGUUUCGUCACAAUAUUGUUUUGAACGUUUGUUUUGGACUGAUGCCCAACUGAGUGUGCUCGAUGCAUCGUCAAUGAGCACUGAUGACGAUUUAAUCAGAAAUGGCUUGGAAAUACAAUGCCAUUCAAUAGGAGGAAAAUAAUUAGUAGGAAAACCUUUUGUUAUCAUUUUGAUGUCGGCAGAUUGACUUUAGAUGCAGUAUAACAUUCGCUAGUUAGCUAAGAUUGAGCGGAGGACAUCAGAUUUUUGCUAGCUAAAAGACAACAUUGCCAUCUGUCUAAAGUAAAUUUGACGACAUGAUAAUGCAGGCAAAGUUGUGUCCUACUAAAUAUCUGACCACUUUAGCAAUCUAAUCGUAUUUCCAGGCUUAUCACGGCUUUAGGGCACCACUAUUGUGCAACCGGUAGAGGGCGGCUUGAGAAGGUUUAUGACGCGACUGAGUGAUGGAGGUGCAACCUAUUAAUUAAAUUACUAGAGGGGCUAUGUCAUAAACACUCAAAGUUCUACAAUGGGAUCAAAAUGGCAGCCAUAUUGGUCAGUGUAAGGGUUGGUGUGAGGUGUGACCCAGGUGCAGUGCAGGAUAGACAGUAGACAGUAGGCAGAGAUGGUGAAACAAGGAUCUUUACUGGUGGUCCCGAAGCCAGGAUACAAAACAACGGACUUAACACGAUAAAAGAAAGGUGGAGCAAAUAAGUCUCCAAAAACAGGCUGACAGCCAAAAUACGAAAUAGUAACUAAGACUGAAAUAAUAAAGAAACAGGUAGAACACUUCUCGAGUACCUGUACAUACUUCUCCGAUCAGACACUGAUAAGUACUGCUGAGCAUACUAGCAGAGAAAACUGAGCAAGGGAACACAGGGAAGUGAGGGCAUAAAUACACAGGUGAACAGGUAGACACAGGUGACACCAAUAGGAUAAUGAUUAGUCCAGACUGUGAGUAAGGAGGUGCCUAAGGUUCUUGGAGGAUGACACCUAGUGGGUCGCUCCGGAACUGCGACUCCCUCCUGUAACAGGUCAGGGGGAAAUCCAAACCAUUCUAAUUGGAAUGAAUGGCAGUAGAGGCAUAAUCCUGAUUUUAAAUAUGCAGGAAAAAAAAGUAAGGCAUGUAAUAUAUAAGAAAUUGUGUAAUAGAAUUAUUGUCAACCUAAAAUCUUGUCAUGUAUUUACAUUUACAUUUUACAUUUUAGUCAUUUAGCAGACGCUCUUAUCCAGAGCGACUUACAGUUAGUAAGUGCAUACAUUUUUCUGUAUAAAUAGCCUCUAAAAUAUAUGUAAACAGACCAUAAAUGUCAAAAUGGUUGUAUUCUUGGAAAGCAGUGAGUGCUAUUAUAUGAUACAAUAUCAGUGCUUGUUGCAUUUCCAACAUGUCUAAGUCUAUCAUUAACUGAUUUGAGCUAGUGUAUAUCUGUGGCUUGACUGCAUUUUUUGAAUGGAACGUUGCCAUAUUGGCAGUUAAUUUGAAGAAUGUAUAGAAAUAUUAUUUUAAAACUGGCUAGCUAGCCAGCUAGCUAACAAACAUACAUUGCAGAUAAUUUAUUCAAAUUCAUUAUUUUACACAAUAUCUUAUCACAGCACUGGCAAACCAUGGUUGACCAACUCCCUGACCAAAAUGGCUGACAUUUAUCCCAUUGAAAGAAGGCUAAUGUCCAUUCUAGUAUUCUAAUUCCUAAUUCUAUGUUUCAUUCACUGGCAGUGUUGGGGAGUAGUGAACUACAUGUAGGUGAACUAGUGGUUACAGGGUUAAAACAGAAACAACUCAAAGGUUAACAGUUUAGGCAUUAAUUCCGAGUGGUUAAGGUUAGGGCUAUAGUUUCGGGAAAACUUAAAACAAAAUAAUUUCAAAUGACACGCUAGGUAUCAUCACCAUUCAUGGUCUUCUCACAGCUUGUGAACUGCCAUGGCGCAGUGGUCUAAGCAGCGCACCCUGGCUCCGAGCAUCAUGGGUUGGCGCCCUGUGCUGGGCCAUCGUUUUUCUUUUUUGGUGAGCGCCGAAGAAGGCAUGUUCUCAGGACCUUUUCAAACGUCCGAAAUCGCUGUCUAUUUCUAGUGACCAGCCUGUAUUUUUCACCCACCUAUUUGAUUAUGUCACGAUCACAUGUCAUUAUUGUCCCUGAUCUACCCUGAAAUUGUAGAAAGACAUAUUGGUUAUUGAUAGCAAAGGGCAUGUUGUAUUAAUAAUAAUAUAUUAUAUAGCACCAUUUGUAAACUGUGUGUGUGUGUGUGUGUUGUACAUGUUGUUAGCUUUUACGUACACAAAAAUCUUCCACAAAAAUAAAUGUGAGAAAACAAACAAUAGCUCUGGAUAUGAGAUCCAUUUGAUUGGGUCUAUAUUCCGUAGGGAAUUCCUAUUUUGAGUCCAACUUCCCAAAAAUAAAUUACAGACAAGUCUCAGCUAAACAUGGUGUGAUCCUUUCCAAUUUCUACCGAAAGGUGUGGGUUCACACAUCUUCGCUGAGCUAUCAAUAGCAGGCCGGCUAGCUAGCUGACCGAAUGUACGUGUGUGUGCGUGCGUGUGUGUGCGUGCAUUUGCACGUGCGUGGGUGUUUUGUGGGCCUGUGACGGCUUGUUCCUAGUCUCUCGGACCCAGAAAGAGGCGCUAUAUCUCUCUCAACAGGUGACCAGCAGUCUCAUCUGUUCCAGCAGCUGUAAACUACCCACAAUGCCUUCUGGGCGCCUUUGGAGACCCAAGGUGUAAAGUAAUCUGAGACACGACAGUACCCUCAGACUGAUAUAGUGGCUCUGUCUGUCUGCUAUCUACUGGGGGUAUUUUGGUUGUCCCAACGCUUGACUUCAUUGUUUUAGGUAGGAAACUGAUAGUGUACUAGUCUAAGUGUAUGCCCCACCAAUCUAGUUUGCCAUUCUAGAUACUUUGAGGUGGCAUGUUUAUUUAAGCAAAACUAUAGCCUGCUCUCCUUUCCUCUGUUAAUGAUUUUCAUGUGUUCUGACUACCAUCCAUCCAUACUCCAGCAUAACUGCUUCAGAAGCACACAUACAGUGGUGCUGUACCCAUCCCCAGUUCAGAGAAAACCCAGACAGGUUAUUGCUCACCAUAAAACUCUGGACCAUAGACAUGGGCUGUGUCCCAAAUGGCACCCUAUUCCCUAUAUAGUGCACUUAUUUUGACCAGAGGACAAAGCCAUGGCCUCAUGGUCAAACAAAUGGAAUCCAGCAUCAUGUAUGACCCUUAGUGAAGUGGCAUACAGUAUUCUCUGUGCUGUACUAAGUGUUCCAGACAGUCCAGUGACGCUCACGACUAGUGAAAGUUUAAUGAGAUUUAAACCUAUUUCACAUAUAAUUUUCUGUGGUUUUCUCCCAGGAAAUUUGCCUGAAUUAUCUUCAGUGUGAAUAUUGCAUGACCAAGAUGAGACAAUCUCCGCUUCCAGCAACAGUGUCCCACAGAUUACCUCAGCUAGAUGACACACACACACACACACACACAGUACAAGCAUACAGUAUGUCCCCAUCCCGCUGUACUGCAGAAUACAUUUUUAAAAAUGGGGUAAAAACUCCUCAGAGGAAUAACUUCCAACCUCGACCUCAGCCAAUCACACAGAGGGAUGAUCUCACUCUGCUCCAGCCCAUCCAAUCAGCUGUGGUGAUGAGCUCACUGUUUUCCCUAUCCUCUCCCUGAUAGGCUGUGUGUCUGUGGAUGAGGGCAGCAGCCGUGUGCUUCAUAUGGGAGUGUGUGUGAUAGACAGGCAGAAGCAGCCUUGUUUACAAGCUGUUGACAGGAGACCUUCUCUCUCCAGGAGCACCGGCAGCAUCCAAGCAUCCUCCUCUCACACCAUCUAUUAUUCACACACCCCAGCAGUGUGUGUGUGUGUGUGUGUGUGGGUUUCACUGUGUGUGUGUGUGUGUGUGUGUGUGUGUGUGUGUGUGUGUGUGUGUGUGUGUGUGUGCGAGACGAUGCUCUCAUCAGAGCCACGGGCACCCACACUCUGUCCCCAGCUUCCCCAGAGUGCAGUGCUCCAGUCAGGAUCCUGGACUAUGGCUUUCCCAAUGGGGAGGGACGGAGCAGAUAUGACUGACUGUGUUCAGUGGAUGGACCUUCAGUAUACCUCAAAACCCCUCUUAUUCGGGGACUCUGUGCUCUCGCUGUAUUGAGCUGCUUUUGCUGGUGGUCUCUCUCUCCUGUUCUGUUGUUCUGUGCUGUAGCAUGGCUCUAGUCUGCCUGUUCUUUUUAUAUUUGGUCCACAUAUUUCACAUUUUUCAAAAUGCCUGAGGCCAACUACCUGCUCUCUGUGUCCUGGGGAUAUAUAAAGGUAAGAUGUGAGGUGGAUUUUAUUAUUCUAAUACUAUUAAUAUAUAUUUUUCUGAAAAAGCAAGCCAUCAUUCCUCCGAUGAGGUGAGAAUGAUGUCAUUAUCAGACAAAGGAAAAGCAUGCUUGUCCCUGACAUCCAUUUAAACUUAGUUUUUUGAGCUGUAAAUAGAGAGACAAAGGUGUUGUUUGACAUAAUCCAUCUGUAUUUCUGGCAUUAUGAUUAAAUGGUAGUAUGGAUUGGUGUGCUGUCUGCAGCUCCCCCCAGUUGGUGUGAUAAAGGUGAUGCUCUCACGGCCGGCUACUGAUGCCUCUAUGGAGGAGUAUGUUCACAUGACUUAUAGCUUAUAGCGUACAGGGACAGGUUUUGGUAUAAAAUGCAGGAAAAGGGAUAUGCUGUGUUGGAAAGGGUGGCAUUGAGUGCGUUGGUGAAUAUCAAAGGGCUGUAUCAACGGCAGUCACUUUCUGGAACAAAGAUUGUUUUGCUUUGGGUACCAAAAUAAUUGCAGCGACUCUAUUGUAAGGAAGGGAAGCUUCAAGCUUUACCAACAUGUCCAUCGAUAAAGAAAUGUUCAGCACUGUGUUCCACAUUCAUAUACACAGUGUAUGUCUGUUUGAUCAUUGGAUAAGGUCGCUUGAAGGUGUUGAGUUCCAAUCCCUUGGUUUGGCCAGGUUAUGUCAAAGUCCAACUGCACAGUAAGCACUAUGGGUUCAUAAUGGCCUCUAAUAUUGAUCCAUAUUGACCAUUCCUAUAUAGUAUGCAAGCUGGCUCCCUAACGCGGGGGCAACAAUUGCCAGGUUGAGAAUGAAAUGUAAAUGUGUGUGUAUUCAGAUAUUGUAAGCACUACAGUUGAGCACAGUAAAUGCUAGGGCUGGAAAAUUGCCAGGGACCUCACGAUACAAUAGUAUAUGUUUUGCGAUUCGAUACUGCGAUUUUAUUACGAUUUUGAUGUUAGAAACAUAUUGCUGACUAUACCUGCUGCAGAGAGACAAUAGAGAGCAUGAGAAAACACGUUUUGAUCAGUCAGGGAAGUAAUAGUGGUAAAAACAUGUUGGCUCACUAUUUAAAAAGAAGAUGGAGAACAAGCUAUAGGAUAAAAAAUACCGGAGUUUUGACGCAGGUACAGCCGACUAGCGCUAGCUAACGCUACCUACAGUAGCAAAAAAAUAUAGACAUAUAGAUAUUUUUUACAAAUAUCAUCCAAAAUUAAUAUUGUAAUAUCAUAUUUUAAUUAUGUAACUGUAUCAAUCCCCCCCCCAUCACUAGUAGAUGCUAUAUGUUCCUGGGCUCUAUCUACUUGCGCUGUCUUUGUGAUAUUGUAGCUAAAUCUAAUUUACAAAUUAUAGCCUAUACCUUUGUGAAACUAGAUAAACCCAAUAAAUUAGUGGGUUGGGACUGCUGAUGUAACUGUGGUGAAAGAGCGCUGUGGGAAAGUGCACUGAGGCGAAAGCGUUCUCGAUAAAAUGUAACGCUUUACGGAACUGCUUCGUAGCGAUACAGCCUUCAGCCUGGUUUCGCAAUCACUGUUGUUUAAGAGUUCACCUCCACAUUCCUCUGACUGUCCUCCAAAUCAAAGGUCAAAGCUACAUUUGGGUCUGCCAUUCCAAUCAGGUUUAGGAGAGAGAGAGCGAGACUGAGGGAGAGAGGGAGAGGGAGAACGAAAGUGGGUGACGGAGAAUUAGGUUACUGAUUACAUCAGAACUGUGGCUGGCAGGGGGGUGCAGCGGGUAUCUCACCUGAUCUGUACCACCUCCAGCCUCUCAACUUGGUGUGUUUGUGUGUGUGUGUGUGGAGCAUGCUGUAGUAGUACUGAUUAAAGUGUGGUGUCUCAUAGUGUCUGCUGUUUCCCUUCUAAAAGACUCUUCUACCUUUAGAAAUGACUUUGGCCCUCAAUAGAGAUAUGGCCGGACAGAAUCCUCCAGUAUGUGCUCGAGGAUUCCACCACCUUUCUCCUAAAUCAUACAAAAUCAUGAUUGACUCAUCCAGUGCAGAAUGUAACUAAAUGUUCCCUGGUAUACUACAAACUGUAACCCCUUCUCACUGUGUCUGUCUGUCUGUCUGUCUGUCUGUCUGUCUGUCUGUCUGUCUGUCUGUCUGUCUGUCUGUCUGUCUGUCUGUCUGUCUGUCUGUCUGUCUGUCUGUCUGUCUGUCUGUCUGUCUGUCUGUCUGUCUGUCUGUCUGUCUGUCUGUCUGUCUGUCUGUCUGUCUGUCUGUCUGUCGGUGUGUGUGUGUGUGUGUGUGUGUGUUGUGUUCCAGUUCAAGAGAAUGUUGAACAGGGAGCUCAGCCACCUGUCUGAGAUGAGCCGCUCGGGGAACCAGGUGUCAGAGUUCAUCUCCAGCACCUUCCUGGGUGAGUGACCACAGUGACCACUGGACUCCUCCCUGCUCAUACUGGCCCUGUAGAGAGGCUAGAGCUGCGUCCCAAAUGGCACCCUAUUCUCUAUAUAAAGCCCUACUUUUGACCAGGGCCCAUAGGGUGUCUUCUGUGUUGUUAAUACAGAUAUUUUCGACGUCUCACUCACUGUCUCUUCCUCUAUGUGUUUGACACAGACAAGCAGCACGAGGUGGAGAUGCCGACUCCCCAGACGCAGAAGGAGAAGGAAGACAAGAAGAACAGGCCCAUGUCUGAGAUCAGUGGGGUGAAGAAACUGCAGCACAGCUCCAGCCUCACCAACUCUAACAUACCCCGCUUCGGAGUCAAGAGCGAGACAGAGGACGAACUGGCUAAGGUGGGCAGCAUUGGGAGAGAGGGUUUGGAAAGGGAGGGUGAGGAGACAUAAAGAGAGAGGGUGAGGGAGAACGAGGGAUAGAGGGUGAUAUAGGGGAGAGAGUUGUAGGGAAAGAUCUAGAGAGGGGGAUAGAGAAAGAGGAGAAGAUGAUAGGCUCUAAACUAUAUCAGUGUAAGAAUGGUUGUUUUCCCUUUGCAGGAGCUGGAGGAUGUAAAUAAAUGGGGCCUUAACGUUUUCAAAGUCACUGAGUUCUCUGGGAACAGGCCCCUGACGGUCAUGAUGCAUACUAUAUUCCAGGUAUAGAUCAGUUCAAUUUGAUCUGCUCUAUUUUUGUUGAUUGUACUAACAUGACUUGUAUCCAUAGUCUACUAGAAUACAAAAUUAUGCUUUUGUUUUGUUUUUCUUAUAGGAGAGAGACUUGUUAAAAACUUUUAAAAUUCCACUCGACACCUUUAUAACCUACCUGAUGACCUUAGAAGACCAUUACCAUGGCGACGUGGCCUAUCACAACAACAUCCAUGCUGCUGAUGUCACCCAGUCCACUCACGUGCUGCUAUCCACCCCCGCUCUAGAGGUUGGACCCCUCAAUCAAUCAGUCAAUUCAUCAAUAACACUGCAUUUGUAUUUGUACAAAAAUAUACUUCAGCUUUAGUUUGUCUGAAACUGACAGAUUUCUGAUUGCUGUUAUUUGGUUGAAUGUCUGGUGUGACCCUGUACUGUCCUCUCUGCUGUUCCCAGGCUGUGUUCACAGACCUGGAGAUCCUAGCUGCCAUAUUUGCCAGUGCUAUUCAUGACGUGGACCACCCUGGAGUCUCCAACCAGUUCCUCAUCAACACCAGUGAGUCUAAAUACAGACCUGACUUAAGAGUUACGUCAUUGACUGACACGGGGCAUGAUGGAUGCCCUCUGUCUCUCCCCCGCAUCUGGGAUCAACACUCAACAUCAGGCACACAGGCUACUAAGCAUCCCUACUGAGAGAUUAAAUCCACCCAUGUGCACACACACACACACACACAAACACACACCUCCUCCUCCGUUGUGCCAUGUGCUGUCUCCCUGAAGUCCAGAGGGGGAUGCCCUGCAGCGAAGGCAGUAGGAGUCAUCAGUCAGGAAACACUAGAAUGAGCCUCUGUCAGCCAGAACACCAGUUCAACCUGUACAGAUCUGUUUAAGUUAAUAUUUAUGUUAAAGCUAUAAGGACCUCAACAACACCUCUCCAUCAAACCCUGUUUUGUGGACGUAAUAUCACAUUAUUUAUGUCAAACAUUGGAGUCAGUGUAUGUGUGUUUGUCCCCCAGACUCGGAGCUGGCCCUCAUGUACAACGACUCGUCAGUCCUGGAGAACCACCACCUGGCUGUGGGCUUCAAGCUGCUUCAGGAAGAGAACUGUGACAUUUUCCAGAACCUGACCAAAAAACAACGACAAUCACUGCGCAAGAUGGUCAUCGACAUCGUGAGUGACUGGAUAGUAAUCAGUAACCAAUAGGAACAUCUCUGAAAUAGUGUCCACAUCAGCUUAAAAAAUGUCCAUGGUUGUACUUGAUUGCUACUGUUUACUUCUUCUAUGUUCUCAGAUGUUACCAAAGGCAAUUCUCCAUUAAUAUGGAGGAUCUGUUCUAUUGGUUAGUCCCUGGCAGUAUUGUGACAGCCUGUGUUGUGUCUCUGGUGGUCCCCAGGUCCUAGCGACUGACAUGUCCAAGCACAUGAACCUGCUGGCUGACCUGAAGACCAUGGUGGAGACCAAGAAGGUGACCAGCUCUGGAGUUCUACUCCUGGACAACUACUCUGACAGAAUACAGGUUCUGCAGAACAUGGUGCACUGUGCGGACCUGAGUAACCCCACCAAGCCCCUGCAGCUGUACCGCCAGUGGACCGACCGCAUCAUGGAAGAGUUCUUCACCCAGGGGGACAGGGAGAGGGAGAGAGGCAUGGAGAUCAGCCCUAUGUGUGACAAACACAACGCCUCUGUCCAGAAGAGCCAGGUACCCAAACAAACCAGACACACACACACACGCACACGCACACACUGAAACACUCACUCUGCUUUGAAACAAACCACACACCCAUACCCCCCCCCCCCCCCCACACACACACACACACAGACACACAGACACACACACACACACAGACACACUAACACACACAAAAAUCAUUUCUAUUGUUUUUCACUAACCCUAACCCUCCCUGUCCUCUCUCCAGGUGGGCUUCAUAGACUACAUCGUCCACCCUCUAUGGGAGACGUGGGCAGACCUGGUGCACCCUGACGCUCAGGACAUCCUGGACACUCUGGAGGACAACAGGGAGUGGUACCAGAGCACCAUCCCCCAGAGCCCCUCACCUACCCUGGACGAGCCUGAGGACGGCAGCCGCCCCGCUGGAGGGGACAAGUUCCAGUUUGAACUCACCCUGGAGGAGGACGGGGAAUCGGACACGGAGAAGGACAGUGGCAGCCAACCCGAGGAAGAGGAGGAAGAAGAGGAAAACAGUUGUAGUGACUCAAAAACACUCUGUACGCAGGACUCAGAGUCGACAGAGAUACCACUGGACGAACAGGUGGGGGAGGAGGAGGAAGAGGAAGUGGAGGUGGAGGGAGAGUCCUCUUCAUCACAACCUUGUGUAGUGGAGGAGGAAGAGGAGGGGGAGGAAGGGGAAGAGAAGGCAGAGGAGAAACCAGCCGAUACA